UAUGGGAUAUUAGGUUGGUUGCACUGUAGGACUGGGAAUCGUUGGCAUAUUUUUAUUUUUUGGGGAAAUUAGAUAUGUUCCUCAUACUUUAUCAGUAGUUGGUUUUAAUUAAAACGCUAGUAAUCAUAGCUUGUCUCUGUAUAUAAAAAAAGAUAUUUGGGCAUUAAUGUUGCGGAAAAACUCAAAGUAGCAAGCGUGGAUAACUUUUAGCUAAGUCUUUGCGACACCCCUUCAAGUAGCAGGCUAACAUUUAGCUACCCACAGUUAAAAAAAACAAAAAAACAUUACCGGGUAGCGAGCCAAAUUCACUCUGCGUCACGUAGCUAGCUAGUAAGCUCGCACGCUUUUAGCUAACGUCUAACGUUAACAUUUUAUAUAGUGUGACAAAGGGAUGAAUCAUAAAAGUAAGAAGAGAAUCAAAGAAGCUAAAAGAAGCGCGAGACCUGAACUGAAGGAUUCACUAGACUGGACGAAACAUGACUACUCCGAACAUUUUGAUUUGUCACAUCGGACAGUGAAGGACAAUGUUGAGCGUGUGGAUUCCCUGCAGCUGAGCCCAGAGGAUUUUAUACACCGCUUUGAGAAACCGUACAAGCCCGUGGUUCUGCUGAACUGCCAGAGCACCUGGCCUGCCCGUGAGAAAUGGACACUGGAGCGCCUGAAACGCAAGUACCGCAACCAGAAGUUCAAGUGUGGCGAGGAUAACGAUGGUUACUCUGUGAAGAUGAAGAUGAAGUACUACGUGGACUACUUGGAGUCCACCCGGGAUGACAGCCCCCUCUAUAUCUUUGACAGUAGCUAUGGCGAGCACGCCAAGCGUAGAAAAUUGCUGGAGGACUAUGAAGUGCCCGUCUUCUUCCGUGAUGACCUCUUUCAGUUUGCCGGGGAAAAGCGCCGACCUCCAUACAGGUGGUUUGUUAUGGGACCUGCCCGCUCUGGCACUGGAAUACACAUUGACCCUCUUGGCACCAGUGCAUGGAAUGCCCUGGUAGACGGGCACAAGCGCUGGUGCCUUUUCCCCACGCAUACCCCCCGUGAGCUCAUCAAGGUCACCCGGGAUGAUGGAGGCAACCAGCAGGAUGAGGCCAUCACCUGGUUCACUGUGAUCUAUCCCCGCACACAGCAGCCUGCCUGGCCCGCCGAGUUCAGACCACUGGAGAUUCUGCAGAAGCCUGGGGAGACGGUCUUCAUUCCGGGUGGCUGGUGGCACGUGGUUCUGAAUCUGGACAUCACCAUUGCAGUGACUCAGAAUUUUGCCAGCACAAGCAACUUCCCCAUUGUAUGGCACAAAACUGUGCGUGGUCGGCCAAAGCUGUCCAGGAAGUGGUACCGCAUCCUGAAGCAGGAGCGGCCAGAACUUGCAGCAUUGGCUGAUGCAGUGGACUUGCAGGAAUCAACUGGGAUUGCCUCUGAUAGUUCUAGCGACUCUUCAUCCUCCUCCUCUUCAAGCUCAUCAGAUUCAGAUUCUGAGUGUGAGUCUGGCUCCGAGGGAGAUCCCAUGUCGCAUCGCAGAAAGAAGAGACGCACCUGCAGCAUGAUGGGAAAUGGUGACACCACCACUCAGGAUGACUGUGUGAGCAAAGAGCGCAGCUCCUCGCGGUGACGCGGCUAACGGAAGCUGCACAGAAGAGCGUUCAGCGGAGACUACCCAAGAAGAGGCCGUGUUCUGUCCAUGACAAGGGAGGUGCCAGGGACUACAUCUGAGACUACCACAAUUGUGCAUCUGUAUUUGGAAGUAAAAUGGCUGACUCCUAACCUCUAUUUAACAAUGUGCUCUUAAAGUCCCUACUUAGAGUGAUAGAGUGACAGCAGCAUGCAAGGCUUAGUGGCUUUUACAAAGCUGUUUUAACGUGUUUGUUUCUCCUUGGGUGAGUGGAUAUUUGGGAAAUUGACAAUGGCCCUCUGUUGCCCUGUUAUCACAGAAUGUGGGGGAAAUGAGCCAAACAGUCCCAUGGAGCAAGGGGGGGCUCUUCAGCAGUGCCAGUAUCUUGUGUUGUAAAAGGAGAUGUUUGUAGGAACAGGGUUCUGUCAAUGGUUACCUUUAGAAAUUGAACUAUGAUUCCGUGAGUGGAACAGUUUUAUGUUUGGUGUUUAUGGCUCACUACCUGGAUGUUUGGGGAGAAGGUGGAAAUUCUGGCAGUUGGGCUAUGGCAAUCCUUGAAAAUGUGAUCUGAAUAUCAUAACAUGAGUAAACGCAGUUGUGCUCAAACAAGUUAAUAAAAUGAAUAAAUGUUUUUUUUUUUUUUUUUUUGGUUUUGUUUUUAUCCAGAUAUUAAAUACUGUACUUUUGGGCAGAUUUUUGGUUUGGGCUCUUUUGGUUCAAAUGUAUUGAUCAGUAUAACAAUAGAACAAACGGUUGUGAUGUCAAAGGAAAAAAGAGGCUGGUUAUACGAUUGGCCAAGUAUCAACAUGGGUCUUGUUUUUUUUAGGAGAGGUAAGGAUCUUUAUCACUGAAAAAUCCCAAAAAAUUCUAGCUUGGACAAAAAGUUGAAUGUCUACAGUUCUGGCACAAAUUAUGGAGACUACAUUUAUAAACUGAUUUUAACUAUUAAUACAAUGUUUUGCAACACUUUCUAUUUUUGCCAUAAUAUAUUAAUGUGUAAUGUAAUAUCAAUAUAAAUCAAUAAAUAAUUGGCAUUUGUGUUAAACAAGUAAUCUUCAUUACACCUUUCCUAUUAGUUCAUAUCUUCAUAUUUGAACAGUCUAAAGUAAUAAUAUAAUUCUAUAAUCAGCUUGCACAUAUUUCUUUGACCAGCAAAGAGAACCCUUUUUCUUUCUUUUUUCUUUUUUCUUCCUCCCCCUCCCGUCUCUUUUUCUGUAUAUUUUAUUUCUGUAUAUUUUAUUUAAAAUUACUCAUGGUCUCACAAUCUCUUUACCACUUGUGCUCAACUUCUUUAAACACAGACUUUCCAUAAUUUGUGUCAGUGCUGUGUUGCAUCUAGGAAUCAGGGUAACUUGGAUUCAUUGGACAAUAUCUCACAUUUUUACACAAUCUCCUUUAUAUUUUUAUUGGUUUGGUUGUACUUUGAAUAUCAUUGGAUGACAAAACAAACGGGGAAAAAGUGGCAGGGUAGACAUUUUAGGUGAGUAAACUACAUGUCAGAGGCUGCUAAUUUAUUUUUAAUGGCUGCUUUUUUUUUUUUUUUUCAUUCAGGACUUUGUGUAAAUACAUUGCAGAUUUGGACUUUUAGAUGCUGGUUUAUGGAAUAAAAUCUAAUGCUCUGGUAUGUGUAUGUAUGACAAAAGUUAGUAAUCUGGUUUGUAAACAAAGACAGUCAAAUAGAAAAUAAUCUCAAAGACCGGGAAGUACCUAAAGCGUGGAAUUAAACACCUUAUGCCUCCAUAGAAGCUAGUAAAUGAAGAUAUUAAUACGACUAAAAUGAAAUCAAGUUGGAUCUCUCAGCAAGGGGUUUCUGUCCGCUCUGUUGAAAUGGUUCAACAAACAUUGAGUAUUGUUGCCACAUUGAGUUUCUAUUGUAACACCUGAAGAUUAUAUGUGCAGUGCAAUUGUCGGUUGAGAAAUAAAAUCUUAAAUUCAAACACUUUAUAAAUUAUGGCAGCCUAAACUGCAGUUUUCAAUAAAUAUAUUUUUAUGUAUAUGUUCAGUUUUCAUUUAUUUAUGGUGGUUGUUUUUUGGUGUCUUUACCAACUCUGGACAGAACUGUUGUAUGUCUGUAACCAAUAUAGUCUAUUUUAACCAGGAGACUGGAAAGAAUGUAUGUUGACACUUUUUAAUAAAAUCAUUACAGAAACAAUCA